GGCAUCUUGAAUUGCCAAUAGCUUCAUAGUCCUUGUGAGAACAAGACUUAGAACUGUCUUCCGAAAUUCAGCAUUCACAGGAAGGGAAAAGGCACGCGGAAGAACCCAGAAUGAGGUGUGUCGUUUGGCUGGUCUUCCUUCCGGGUUUCCUGUGUAAUCGGAAUAUAUUGAGCAUAAGCCAGAAGAACUUCUUCACCUGGAAUGGAUCCUGUGUGAUGAUCCCGUGCACGAUCCGGCACAAUAAUCCUCCUUUGAUCCCCAGCACCAUCUCACUGCUUUGGUAUUUCAAUCCUUCUUAUAAAGAGACCUUGAAAGACUAUGAGGGUACGUUGCUAUACCAUUCCAACAACUCGCGAGAUUCCGUGAUCACCACAAGUCCCGAUUUUCAGGGUCGGGUGACGUUUGUAGGUGAUUUAAAGCGUAAUUGCAGUGUGAAGAUUUCCCAACUCCAAAAAAAUGACAGCGGCCCAUAUGGGGCAAGGCUUUAUGCUCAGACUGAAAGGCCCUCGAAAACAAGGCCCUCUAUAUAUGAGAAGUGGUACCAAAGUACUCAGAUUACAAUUAUAGAACCUCCUCCAGCACCCAAGCUUGUAACCAUUCCCUGGGAAAUCAGAGAAUCGCAGGGCAGUACUACUGACGUGAGUUGCUCAGUGAAUUAUCAUUGCCCUGAUGAGCCAAUAACAUUGACUCUCAGUGGAUUAGAGGAGACUCGUUGGUUUUCACCAAGUACAAGCAGUAGAAACGGAGUGAUUGAGACCAAGGCGAGAUUUAUACCAACUUGGGAAGACCACGGGAAGACUCUGAGAUGUUUGCUUCAUAGCCAUGAUGGGUCAGAGAUAUCCCAGGGAAAUGUGUUACUCGAUGUGAAACAUAGUCCCAAAGGAGUUAUGAUUAAAGCGACACCCAGAACAACAGUCCAAGAGGGGGAGAAACUCUCUCUGGAGUGUGUGGUCAACAGCAGCAACCCAGAGCCUACUACAUACACAUGGUAUAAAGAUGGUCAGCCGACGAAUAAUUAUGGGAAGAAGAUAAACAUUGAUUUUGUAGAAGAGCAGCAUUCCGGACGCUAUAGAUGUGAUGUCAACAACGGAUAUGGGCUCGAAAAAGCGGAAGAGACCACCAUAAAUGUCCAGUAUGGUCCAAAGGACACCCAGUUUAGAAAGUCAACUGACGACAUCACAGAAGGUAGAGAUGUGGUUUUGCAGUGUUCCUCCCGAGGAAACCCAGCUGUCACUUAUGCAUGCUAUAGAAGAAGUCAAUCAGGAAUACUUGUGAACAUGAGCGAGCUGCAUUUGCUUAAGAUCCAGCCUAGUGAUUCUGGCACUUAUUACUGCACAGCCCAGAAUGAUCUUGGCAACUCAACGUCUUCUGAUGCCAUAUUGGACGUUUAUUAUCGGAGACAUCGGUGCCGUUCCGGCCGUGCUGGCAAUGCAGUAGGGCCGGUGGGCAAGGAGUCCAACUUGCCCAAGGAAGAGGAGGAGGUGGAAGAAUCCCACCGCAAGCCAAAUCGAGGCAGGAAGGCCUCAGAAGCCCAGGAGGAAGGGAAAAGGCACGCGGAAGAACCCAGAAUGAGGUGUGUCGUUUGGCUGGUCUUCCUUCCAGAGGAGACUCGUUGGUUUUCACCAAGUACAAGCAGUAGAAACGGAGUGAUUGAGACCAAGGCGAGAUUUAUACCAACUUGGGAAGACCACGGGAAGACUCUGAGAUGUUUGCUUCAUAGCCAUGAUGGGUCAGAGAUAUCCCAGGGAAAUGUGUUACUGGAUGUGAAACAUAGUCCCAAAGGAGUUAUGAUUAAAGCGACACCCGGAAGAACAGUCAGAGAAGGGGAGAAACUCUCUCUGGAGUGUGUGGUCAACAGCAGCAACCCAGAUCCUACUUCAUACACAUGGUAUAAAGAUGGUCAUUGGAGGAAUAAUGAUGGAAAUAUGAUUAACAUUGAUUCUGUAGAAGAGAAGCAUUCUGGAGUCUAUAAAUGUGAAGUUGGCAACGGAUAUGGGAGCCAAACAACAGAAGAGACCAUAGAUGUCCAGUAUGGUCCAAAGGACACCCAUUUUAGUAAGUCAACUGAAGAGAUCACAGAAGGUAGAGAUGUGGUUUUGCAGUGUUCCUCCCGAGGAAACCCAGCUGUCACUUAUGCAUGGUAUAAAAAAAAUCAAUCUGGAAUACUUGUGAACAAGAGCAAGCUGCAUUUGCUUAAGAUCCAGCCCAGUGAUUCCGGCACUUAUUACUGCACAGCCCAGAAUGAUCUUGGCAACUCAACGUCUGAUGCCAUAUUGGAUGUUUUUUAUGGUCCCAAGAAUGUCCAGCUCACGGUGGACGCUCCAGACCAUCGGCCCAUAAAGGAAAGAGACACCAUCAUCUUGAACUGCUCUGUGGGUAGCUGUAACCCCGGGGUCACACGGUACCGAUGGUUUAAGUCAACUAAUGAGAUCAAAAACAGGGAUCAACCGAUUCUACAGAUCCAUGCAGAAGCUGAACAGGCCACUUCGUAUACAUGUGAUGCAUGCAACAGGGUUAACUGUGGUCGAUCUAACCCAGUCGCAGUCAAUGUACACUUUGUUCCCAAGGACGUCAAUGUUGUGCAAAAGCCAACAGGGCCGAUCCGUGAAGGCAACCGUGUUGAACUGCGCUGUGAAGUAGGAAUGGCAACCCCCCCAGGAGUCACCUACAUGUGGUACAAGAAGGGGAAACGGGUGGACUGUGCCACUGCCGUGUGGCCCAUCCCAGCAGUGGGUCCAGCUGAUCGUGGAACCUACAGCUGUGAAGCCAAUAAUAGCAUAGGCACAUCAGAAAGGUCAACUAUCAUGCUGGAUGUACAAUAUGGGCCUCACAACGUCUCUUUGUCCCUGAACAACCAGGACGUGAUCACUGAGGGAAUGAAGGUUGUGCUGGUAUGCACAUGUGCUGCUUAUCCAUCUGCUUAUACUUAUAGAUGGUACCGGAAUGACGAACAGUACACUCAGGGGACUUCCGACAUACUGAUACUCCAAAGAGUUCAGGUCCAGGAUUCGGGAACCUAUCGAUGCAUAGCAAAAAAUACCAUCUCCACAGGGAACUCACAACCUCUGCACCUCAUUGUGUCUUACAGCAAAGCGACAGUGCUGAAGCGUACAAUUAUUGGCCUGGGAAUCCUUUUUUCUGUGCUGAUCGUGUUGGGGUUUGUGGUGGUUGUCCUGCGGCGAUGGAAGAAAAACCCAGGCACUGGCAGUAUGCAGAGAUCGGGGUCAUUUUUUGUGAGGAAGCCCAAGGCAGAACGCCUGUGCAACAACAACAACAGACCGAAUGAAACAAGAGCUGAGAAUGUCUUUGGAUUCCUGAAUCAGAGUGCAGAAGUUUCCGUCUCUUAUGCAGCCAUCCGGGUCCCUCCUAGUUCUUCUGAGGGCAGAACAGAAUAUGCCCGUGUCAAGCCACAGAGAAUCGCACUGGCUCCCUCCGAUGAGAGUGCUGUCUACAGUGUGAUCACGAAACCUGGGCUCCCUGCAAAGGGUGACACAAAACACGACUAUGAGAAUGUGGAGAAGAAUAAUGAGGAGGAACUCCACUACUCCUCCUUGGUGAACCUGGCCCCACGGCCCCACCUCACCUUCCCAGACUCAGAGACAGAUUCUGAAUCGGAGGAGAGCAUCCAGUACGCCUCUCUGAAACACUGAUUCUUUUGGAGCUAGCUGAGAUCAGGAACUGUUUCCAGAUACUUUCCACCCUGCCACAUGGCAACAGGCUUUAUAUUUUAGCUUGUCCCUUGCAGCCAAGACUAGCAGGCCUUGAGAGUGAUGGUGAGAGGAUCCAUCUCUACUAUGAUACGACGAAGACUGAGGUCUGGAUAUGUAUCGUGUAUCACCACCAACAUAAUGGACAAAGGAUAAGGAUGGUGUUGGAAAUGCCCAUCUCUUGACGUAGAAACAUAAUUCACUGAUGGUUGAGAAGGUGGAGACAUUCCCUCAGUUUCGUGUUCCAUCAGUACUGCUAUUGCCUUUCACUGUCUGACAUGCAGAUCCCUUUCUUUCUGCUUAGUCAUUCCCAAGCUGUGUCGUUGGGGCACACUAUAGUUCUUUCAGAAGGACUCAAGUGUGGCUUGGGAAAUUGAGCUGCCGUGUUGUCUGAGCCUACUAGUCUACUGUUGUCUGAGCCUACAGAUUCUUGGAGCAAAAAGGCCUUGAUCCCUCACCUUCUCUGGCAAACUUGGAGGGGAUGCACAGGGUGUCCCCGACUCUCUCCAUUCUACUGCUGUCAAGCAUGAAAGAAUCUCAGAAGCAUCAACAUCACCUUGGUCCGUCCCACAGUUCAAUGGAAGAUGCUUGCCAGUUUGUUCCAGGACCUGGCUGAGAAAAUAUGUAUGCACCUUUUUUUGAGAAUCAAGUUGGGGCUCCACUUUUCAUGGCCAUCAUGGCCAACAACAGCUUUGCUCCAGUUAAGGAAAUACUGUUCUAGCUCUGUAACAGACAUCACAUCUUUGUGUCCUAAUAGAGUGACCAGAGUGACCAAAGGUAGAGUGACCAGAGGCAAAGGAAGGGAAGCAGGAAUUGCCUUUCUGCUCAUUCAAUGCUCUACAAAAGACUUUCAGGUUGAAAUCUGAGAGUGAAUGUGACGCCAAAUGGUCUUCCAAGCAGGGGUGUAGCUAGGGGAGAGUGGGCCCGUGUUCACCCCUCUCCCUGGUGGCCCCUUGGAGUGAGGGAGAUAAUGAGGGUGGAGCUGGAGGGCCCUCAGGAGCUGGGGCCCCCAGGUUCUUUGAACCCAUUUGCUCAAUUAUAGCUAUAUCCUUGGCUCCAGGCUUUCGUCACCCCCUCCCCAUUUUUCUUAUUAUCAUCUCCAAGGGGACUUAUGGGAAAUUUAAAAUGGCAACUGCCAGUUGACUAGGAGAGUGGCACCACCAACAAAAUGCUCCCCUCUUCUUCCCUUUGGCCCCAUUCUGGGACUUCCCCCAAAUUGCCAAAAUGCCCCCUCUCCUUUUCACAGUAUGCAAAUAGGGUGGCAAAAUGGAGGGCAAGAAUGUUGAGUCAUCAUGAAACAUUGUAUAAAUAUUGUAUGCAUGAAGUACACCAUAAUAUUUGUUACAUGAAAGCAAAA